GAUAAUCAUAAAGUAGCGUUGUGUAAGGAUAUUUUAUAUCGAGCUCAUAUACAAUUACAAGAUCUCGAUGAUGCGAGUGAUAUUCCUAAUGUAAUUGAACAUGAAGCCCUUACUCAAUUGGAAAAUAUACUUUUACUAAGAGAUAGAACCUACCUGAUAAUUGCAGACACAAAAAAUAGAAUAACACUUCUUUCUGAUAUAGUCGUAACUGGUGGAAAGUUAUCAGAUCUUAUUAAUUAUGUUUAUCCGAAUUUUAUUCAAAACUCGAAUAAUAUUAAUUACUUAACUGAAAGAGCUAUACUGACUCCAAAAAAUAAUGAUAUUAAU